AACACUUAUCUUCUUGCUCGGCGGUUGGCACUCGCUCAGCACUCAACUCCUUGCAACUUUUGCAACCCAUUUCCCGUUUCUUUUUAUUAUUUCUUAUAAUUUUCCAUUUUUACACUAUUUACAUUCAUCCAAUUUUAGAUAAUAUUUGGAAAAUGCAAAUGAUGGCAUGCAAUUAUUCAUGGCCACUACAAAAUUCUUUACCUCAUCAUCAUGGAACCAUUAUUAUCCCGAAACGUUUCUUCUUGGGUCGCCGCCGUCUUUUGUGUUGUGUCUCUAACGACGUCCUUUCUUCUCACUCCAUCUCCAUUUCCAGGGCUAUUAAAGAUGAGGGCAAGUAUGCGUCUGAAGAAAAAUGCAAAAUUAGUCCUAGCACAACACGUCGAAUGUUGCUUUCAAGUUUGUUCAUGUAUUUAGGGUAUCAUCCUACAAGGUACUUAUCAGCUCAAGCACUAGGGGAUCCAUCUGUGACAGUUGAAGAAGUAACUCCUCCUGUUUCUCUUUCUGGCGCUCUCUUCCCUACUGAGGAAAGAAUUGUUCAACUCUUUGAAAAGAAUACAUACUCUGUUGUCAACAUUUUUGAUGUAACAUUGCGCCCGCAACUAAACAUAACUGGUGUAGUUGAGAUUCCUGAAGGAAAUGGUUCUGGAGUAGUUUGGGAUGGACAGGGACACAUUGUGACAAAUUAUCAUGUGAUAGGCAAUGCCCUUUCAAGAAAUCCAGGUUCUGGGCAAGUUGUUGCUCGAGUUAAUAUUCUUGCGUCAGAAGGGGUACAGAAGAACUUUGAGGGAAAAUUGAUUGGUGCUGACCGUGCUAAGGACCUUGCUGUCUUGAAGGUAGAAGCAUCUGAUGAUCUGUUGAAGCCAAUUAAAGUGGGGCAGUCUUCUUCUCUAAGAGUCGGGCAGCAAUGUCUUGCAAUUGGGAACCCAUUUGGCUUUGAUCACACUCUUACAGUAGGGGUAAUCAGCGGAUUGAAUCGAGAUAUAUUUAGUCAAACUGGAGUAACAAUUGGUGGUGGAAUUCAAACAGAUGCAGCCAUCAAUCCGGGAAAUAGUGGAGGUCCUUUAUUGGAUUCUAAAGGAAGUCUAAUUGGAAUUAAUACAGCAAUUUUUACUCAGACAGGAACAUCUGCUGGUGUAGGCUUUGCCAUACCAUCCUCAACAGUGCUCAAAAUUGUGCCUCAAUUAAUUCAAUUUGGUAAAGUUGUUCGAGCUGCUUUGAAUGUGGAAAUUGCUCCUGAUCUGAUUGCAAACCAACUUAAUGUUCGAAAUGGUGCUCUAAUUCUGCAGGUUCCAGGCAAUAGUCUUGCAGCAAAGGCAGGGUUACUUCCAACUACAAGGGGUUUUGCUGGAAAUAUUGUACUUGGAGAUGUUAUUCUUGCAGUGGAUAACAUGCCUGUUAAAAGCAAAGCAGAGUUAUACAAAUUGUUGGAUGACUAUAAUGUGGGGGACACAGUAAUGCUGAAGAUUCAGAGAGGAGGUGAGAAUUUAGAGCUACCUAUUAUGCUAGAAGAGAAGAGUUCUUGAUAGGAAUUACCGAUCUUAUUAUUAUGUAUAUAUAUACACGUUAAUUUGUUAGAAAAGAAGUAUUAUUUGUAUGAGAAAAACAGAAUACCAGUCAAGAAGAUGCUCCAUUGAUGCAUAUGAGGUUUUGUAAUUUUUAGUAUCUGAGGGUUAAUUUGGCAUUGCAUUUUUUCCAUCUA